AUGGUCCGAUGGCCGAAAAUUCAGGCAAUUCAACAGACAAGACUGAUCUCAGAAGAGUCGAUUUUGCGUCAGAGCGAUUUGGGAGAGGAUGACGAUGCAACGAACACGGGUGUGAUCCUCAAAGAGAAUAAGGAGACUCUUCUUUAUUUUGACAGACUCACUCCUUUCAAGGCCGGAAGAUAUGACUUCAGUAGGUUAUUGGGCUCAUUCGUUAUGGAUUAUUCGGACAAUGGUCUCAGAAAAAGAGUUCUCGAUCUAGCUCAAGAUAGCAACUCUCCAAACGCUUUACAAAUUAAGGGCUUCAAAUACAUCCCGAGGGAUGGCGGAGCCUUUGUCAAGCUUGCAGUUCCACCCGAUAUGGAUGUCAAGGUGUUCAAUAAGCAGAUAAUGGACAACGUCAGCAGAAACUUCAACGACUCAAUAUGGCAUUAUUUGACUCACGUUCGAUGCUUCCCUGUGAAAGGUACUCCAUGGAUUGAAGACCUUCGCAGGUAUCCUAGUCCCAGAAUCAAGAUAUGGUUUGAAGGGCCGCGCCUUACUCAAGAGAACUUAUAUCUAUUGUUAAGACGGUACGGAGAGAUAAAUGAUAUUAUUCCACCUCCUCCAGAUUCAAAAGACCCAUUCACAAUUGUCAUUUAUAGAUCCAUAAGAGCAGCCAUUUGUGCACGGCACUGUGUGACAGGGAUCAGGGUUGGUGACACCGUGGUCCAUAUCCAGUAUGCGCCAAUUGUAAAGGUCAACUUGAUAGGAAACUUUAUCAACAACCACUCGCGUGUUGCUAUUCCCCUGAUAUUUGCCAUCUUGGCGACACUAGCGGUCCUGGUGUUUGACCCCAUUAGGUACUUCGCUGUCAAAGAGAAGAUUACGUCCAAAUAUUCUUUGGAAAAGAACCCAUACUUCCAACAGAUCUCGAAGUUGGCAUAUAGAACUCGUGACACAAUGUCCAGCGUUCUUUCGUUGCCUGAACAAACGCACAGAGAAAUUAUCAAUGGAAUGGAUGGAAUGUGGAAAGAAAUGGAAAUUGUUGCCAAAGAGCUGAAGCUCUGGAUUGAGGAAAAUGUUAACUCUUUUAUCGUUAUUCAGGGACCUCGAGGAUCUGGUAAAAGAAAUUUGGUCGAGGAGCAUGUCCUGAAAGACAGACCCAACUGUCUCUACAUUGAUUGCGAGAAUAUCAUAAAGGGCAGGAAGGAUCAGGAAUUGAUCAAAAACUUUGCCAAUGAAUUCGGCUACUUUCCCGUCUUCUCGUGGUUGAACUCGGUCUCUUCGUUUGUGGAUUUGAUAGUCCAGGGUCUAACAGGUCAAAAAUCAGGAAUUAGUGAGUCCAAAGAGACGCAGGUUAAAAAUAUGCUGUCUUUGACGAGUGCAGUUAUUAGGGACAUCUCUCUUACCAAUUACCGUUCUGCAAGGCGAAACGACGAUUCUCAUAUGAAGGAAGAAGACUUUUUACAGCAAAAUCCACAGGACAAGCCUGUUGUGGUUAUUGACCGAUUCCAGGCAGCUCGCAAAGCCAACAACGCAAAUGCAUUUGUUUAUCGAGAGCUUGCAGAAUGGGCAGCAAGUUUGGUGACCAUGAACAUAGCCCAUGUCGUUUUCGUGACAGAUGACGUUGGAAGUUUGGAGACUCUAUCCAAGGCCCUUCCAAACACGCCUUUCAAGCGCUGUCUUUUGACGGAUGCAUCGAGCUCAACGGUCAAGAAUUUCAUUGAGCAGCAGCUUUCGCACGAUGACAGAUUAUCACGCUAUCUCGAAAAGGAUAGAGAUACUUUGAUGAAGUGUGUCGAACCUUUUGGUGGCCGCGUGCUAGAUCUCCAAGUAUUUGUGAGGCGUAUGCGCUCGGGAGAAACUCCAGAGGAGGCCUUACAAGGCAUCGUCGCCCAAUCUAUCGAACAGCUCAGUCAGCUUUUUACUAGAAAUGGCGCUUCUGGUUAUAGUGCAUCUCAGGCAUGGUGUAUCAUAAAAUUACUGGCAGAAAAAGAGGUUGCAACAUACAACGAUGUUUCUCAGCUCCCAUUACUGAAGAGUGACACCCAUAAUAUACUGCAGGCCAUGGAGAACGCCGAACUAAUCACUAUCAUACGUGAGAAAGGAUUAGUGAAACAGGUGAAACCGUCAAAACCGUUGUAUCACUUAGCCUUCGAGACAAUGGUGAAUGAGUCAAGAAUAUACCAUUCGUUGGAGACGGACUAUCUGACAAAUCUUAUCAAAUUCCAUCGAUCUAAAAUUAGCCAGUUUGAGGAGGAGCUCCAAAAGUAUAGUGGCAUCGACGAUCACAAACUGUUCAGGGAGAGACUGACAUACCUUUCCAAUAAGAUUGAGGCCAGCACUAAAAGUAUCAUUGAAUGCGAAAAAAAGCUUUCAAGCCUACAAUGAACUUGUGAAUUCUCUAUUGAUUCUCUAGUCGAUCAGACUCAAUCCUCUUUAAUGCCUCGCUUGCAGACAGUCUACAAGAGCUCUCGUAGACCAUCAUAUCAUCGAAAACUUGCACACAUUGGGGAAGAUCCUUCAACUUGAACAAUAAAUCAUCUGUGGAUUUGCGGGUUUUGCGAAAGAAAGCAGUGUUCAUGGCGCCAUACGAUCGGGAAGAUUUGACUUCCUGCCAGUCAUCAGGUGGCGUGCCAAAAGUGUUAAAUAUGGAAGCAAGUAAAGCUAGGUCGCUGUGUGCAGAGUCUUUGGAGUACGGCGUGGUAAAAUCUUUGCUUGAUAUCAGCAUCAAGAUCACACCAACGGACCAUAUAUCAACUUUGUUAGUAUAGUCUUUGACCGAAAGUAACAACUCCGGCGCCUUGUAAUAGCCAGUUGCUAUAUCUGUAAUUUUACAAUCUGGUUUUUCUAAACCAUUGUUGUCUGGCUCCAUAUAGCUGAUACCAAAGUCAAUAAUCACAGGUUCCAGAUCGUGAGGCGACUCAAACAUUAUAUUAUUCGGAUUAAUAUCUCUAUGAAUGACGCCCUGACUGUGGAUAAAUUCAAGCCCUCGAAGCAAUCCUUUGAAAAUUUGGAUGAUCUGGGACGUACUCAAGUUGUUUAUCCUAUUUUUUGUGAUUGUACCAUCCUGCAAGUUAAAGAUAGACCGCAAGUUGGUAUUAUUUGCUAUCACGCCGUUCAGAUCGCUUUUGUAAAAAGGGAACAGUAACCCAAUUUCUAUGGGACUUUGGUAAAAUGCAAUCAGGCGCACAACAUUUCUACCUGAGCUGGUACCAUUCUCCUUAUCACCUUUAUCUUGGGCAUCCGCCAGCUUUCGUAACACUUUCAACUCGUUUUUCACAUUGUGUGGAGGCAGUUCAUCUUCUGGUUCAGUGAUUUUUAGAGCAUACUCAGGAGAGGAGAACUCCAUAUCACCCCGUCUCCUGCACAGGUAGACGUCACUAAAGCGGCCUCCGCCGAUUCUUUUCCCC